AGCAAAGCGGUCGCUGGAAUGUAGGAGGAGUUAUAGGUAGGCGUGGCAGCGAGGCGCACGCAUAUUCAGCCUCUGGAAAUGGAACUGCCUACUCGUUUUUUAUUGGUGGUAGGGCGGGCUAAGCAGAAGAGGCGGCCGCUGGGCGCGAAGGGUUUUCAGCUGUAGUGAUCGGAGCGGAGGUGUUGAGGAAGCUGCAAGGUAACGGCGAUUCACUGAGCGGCGCAAAUAGUUGGAAUCUUUGACCCACAGUAGGGAUUAUUGCCAUACGCGCUAGGGUGUGUUAUAUAUCAUAGUUGACGCAAGCAAUGUGUUUCAGUGUACCUUAUAGAGUUUGGAUAUAUACCAUCCUCCAGUCUCUUAGUCAUUUCUUCAUCUUUUCUGCACCGCUGACAAUGGUGCUGCGGCGUGCUGGCUACUGUGGGCUCACAAGUGACCGCUUUCUAUGUAUGAGGAGGGAUAUUGUGUCUCUGGUGACUAUGGGAUGAGCGACAAUAAAGACACGGCAGAGUCUGCUCCAUCUAAACCAACACAUGAUUUGACUGCCUUUUAGCUAACUCACAAGAAAAGCUGCAUUUAUCCUGAGCAGAUCUGCCCGAAACGAUCGCAAGUUUCUGUCACUUGGCAAUUAUGUUGUGAUCCAAUCUGUGGUCUCCUUCCUCACCUCAGCAUGGAGUUAGGGUGAUUUCAUAUAUACAAAUCAUGAGCUCCCUUCUUGGAAUCACAGAGGGCAAAGGUUAACAAAGAAUUGCCCUAAAGUCCAUCUGCCAGUCCAGCCUUCCUGGUAGCAAUGGUAUAUUUUCUUAUAAUGCUAGAGUUUGUGGAACAUAAUAGAGUUAUUGAUUUUCAAAAUGCCAAUAUCUUUCGGGAAUUCCACAAAAAACAGAAAUGUCAGCAUUUUGGGAAUCCCCAAAGUAUAGUCAGUUUAGAGUAUUAUGGGUUUAUACACAUACUGUGCACCCUUAAAUGUUCAUGCUGGGUGGCCAAUGUAUAAACUUCUGUGAAGCAAACUGAGAGACCUUGGGUUAAAAUCUGGAUCCUGGUUUGUGCUGCCAAGGGGCAGAUAAUGGCUUGUCGAGGUUGCUGUUGCUGCGGAUUUGGUCACAUAAACGAAGACAACGGGCGGUUCCUUUUGUUGGCAAUUCUGAUUAUUCUUUAUUUGCUGUGUGGUGCCGCUGUCUUCUCUGCCAUUGAACAACCCAAAGAGAAGGAAGCCAAGGAGAGAUGGCAACAAAAAUUUGACACUUUUAGUCAAAAAUACAAUCUCAACAUAAGUGACCUGCGAAACUUCCUCCGGGACUAUGAAGAGGCAAAUGUGGCUGGAAUUAGGGUUGACAGUAUAAGGCCAAGGUGGGAUUUUACUGGAGCAUUCUACUUUGUAGGAACUGUUGUCUCAACUAUUGGUUUUGGUAUGACUACUCCAGCCACUAUUGCAGGUAAAAUAUUUCUCAUCUUCUAUGGCCUCAUUGGCUGUGCAGCAACCAUCUUGUUCUUCAAUCUCUUCUUGGAGCGACUGAUCACAGUAAUUGCCUUCAUAAUGAAAUCCUUCCAUGAAAGACAGAUAAAAAGGAAGGGGGGCCUCCCUCCUGAAAGAAGACGGGGAUCAGGAAACUCAGAAGUAGACAGCCUAGCUGGUUGGAAACCCUCUGUAUAUUAUGUGAUGCUGAUUCUUUGUGUAGCAUCAAUUAUUAUAUCCUGUUGUGCCUCAGCAAUGUACUCUCCCAUUGAAGGAUGGGGUUACUUUGAUUCCCUUUACUUCUGCUUUGUUGCCUUCAGCACAAUUGGUUUUGGAGACAUGGUCAGUAGCCAAAAAGCCAAAUAUGAGAACCAGGGGCUUUACCGAUUUGGUAACUUUAUCUUCAUACUAAUGGGAGUUUGCUGUAUUUAUUCUUUAUUUAAUGUUAUAUCUAUAGUCAUUAAACAAUGUGUCAACUGGAUAUUACGGAGAUUAGAGUGCAGAUGCUGUCAGAGAUGCCAAAGAAAACUUUUUAGGCCUAAGAGAAAUGUGGUUAUGCCAGGAAAUGUUCGAACUAGAAGGAACAUCUCUAUAGAAACAGAUGGUGUGUAUGAAAGUGAAACAGAUGGACGGAGGAUGUCUGGUGAGAUGAUCUCCAUGAAAGACUUCUUGGCUGCCAAUAAGGUCUCUUUGGCUAUCAUGCAGAAACAGCUUUCAGAAACUGCCAAUGGCUGCCCCAGACAAAUUGGCACAAGUUCCAGGCACAAUGGAUUCUCAGGUGGUGUAGGGGCAUUAGCAAUUAUGAAUAACAGAUUGGCAGAGACUAGUGUCGACAGGUGAAUGUAACUAGUAAGGAUUCCAGUUUUCUACUGAUAAUACAUGCUAAGUGCCAUGUUCUGGGUUUGUCAUUUUUUCAGUUGCAGAAUGAGAGCCACUGGAGGUCUUUUGAAGAUAAAUCUCUGUGUAUGCCUAUAACAUGUCAUUCUUCUGCUCUUUAACACUGUUAAAGGUGAUCCAUCGUUGCAAAAUACAGUUAUUUCUCCAAACAGCUACAGGAUGCAGAGAUGGGCUGAGACACCAGCACAGUUCAUCCCAAAAUAUGCCUUCCCCAAAGAACUCAGGAGCCAGAUGGGCAUAUAACACAGGUAGUAAACGGACACAUAAACUCAACCUUGUUUAGCAAAACAUUUACCUAGUGUAAGCAUCUUUCACCAUUGUGUCAAUGUUUCUAUCUUUGUGGUCAUCUGCCUCAUUCUAUUUGUGAGUUGAACUAUAUUUGCUUAUGAAAAUGGGUAGCACACUCUGAUCUUCCCUGCAGUAUGCGUGGUUGGUUCCUUGGUAUUUGUGGAAGGCACAUUCUGUGGCAUAAUGUGUUGUAUCAAGGAACACUUUAAACAUUGUUUAGUUAAGAACAUAAAGCACUGUGACUCAUAUUUAUUAAAUUGGGUGCACUGGGCUAAGCCACUGCACAGGUAUGCUCUUUUGCAACCCAGAAUUCUGAAUUUCAGGCACGAUUUCAAAGCAUACCUAGUAACCUAUCUGCAUAGUACAUACAGCACCUUAAACCUACCGUACCAUAUAUGUUGCAUUUACAGGUUUCUAAUUGCUCUUUGGGGCUGCUCCAUGUUGGCUUUGCACCUUAUGACUAGUACCCAACUGCUGCUACUAGUACCCUACUUGAUGGUAAAUAUUUAUAAUCCUGCACCAGAACAAUAAAUAGGGCACUUUAUAUUCCAAUUUAUAAAUGACCUGACCCUGUGUGUGAUGAGAGCACAGCUGACGUGGAAGCCUAGAGAGUUAGUCAAGGAAACUAUUUUGACAGAUCCUUUUUCUAUUAAACGCCACAAUGUGGUAAGUCUGGUCCUUCAGGAUAUAAUGUUUACUGAUAUUUCUCCAAAGGAGAAUAAAGUAAGCACCAUUUCACAUCAUUUGUGAGAAGAUUGUGACUCUGCCCUUUGCACUGUUUGCCCAUUUGUUCCAAGACAGACCCCCAUGUUGCUGCUACAUGUAAUGGGACAAUGCUGCCUUUUCUUUUAUUAUUUGUGAAUUGCUUAGCCAGCAUCACCCCAGACACAAAGCCCCUUACGGCUCCCCUGCCUGAGCCAAAAACCCCCUCCAGCCCCCGCGCCUACCUUCUUCCUCUUGUGGCCGCACCGGGGGCCAAGGAUAGAGGUCGGAAGCCUUGCCAAAGGCUUUACGCAGGGAACGUGGCUGGGCCGUAGCCGGGAUUUUUCCUGGUGUCCAACCAGCCCAGUCUGAGCUUGUGUUUAGCAUUUAUAAGCUGCUUCCUUAUAAGUUGUCAACCUUUUUUAUUAACUGUAAAUGUUUGUAUUAUUUUAUUUGUACACACAUUUCAGCUCUGAUCAUAAUCUUCUUUUUACGAAAACUGCAAUAAGACAUUAUCUCUUGAACUGCACUGACUAAUCACCUCCUUAAAGCUACAGUAGAUCUACUCAUUUGGCAAGGUGGCAAACCAUGUGCAGAAACACUGGGAUGAAGUCCUUGCCCAAAUUUGAUUUUUAAAUCUGCUUGAUAGAUAUCUGGAUCAACCAGGCAGACCAUAUGUCAGGUAUUUAAGGGGAAAUCCCCAAUGCAUGGAUGGGAUAGUGGCGAGUCUUUAAGGCAAAAAACUGUUUGGGAGCAAACUGGACAGACUAGAGCAGGAUAGAACAGGACCAAAAAUAGACUGGAAGGGGAACAGGGCAAGGGCAAUGGUGAGCGAGAGCUAGGGACAAGCCACAGUACUUAAAACAAUCACUGAAUUUAAAUAUUGAGUUUCUCGGCUGAUUUAUAAUACACAUGUAAUAAACAAUAUAAUAAACUAAGGUGUUCAGAGUUUUUGAAAAAAUCAGGGUCAUUUCAAAUAAAUGAAUUGCUGAUUGCAUUUACAUUAAAUGCAAUCUGUGCAGUCUUUUUAUGUGAAUUUUCUAGAAGUGUUCACAAUUUUUCACUUGAUGUAAGUGUACCUUAUAAUAGGCUGACUUUUUAUUGAGCAAGAUGAGAACCAGUAAAAACUCUUACAGCAAGGCUUAAGUCUUGAGAUUUGUUUGCUUUAGAUUUGUCAGAUAAAUAUUGAUACAUUUUUGUGGCAGCUCUGUUCAAUAGCUGAUGCAUAGGCUACACUGUGACAUUAUUGAACAAUGUAGAACAUAUAGUACUCAUAAAUAUCCCGCUCCUCAACACGAUAAAGGAAAAUACAAAGCUUCACAGGAAAUGGUUUAAAUGUAAGUCGAAAAAUAUAGUCUGGGCACAUUGUCCCUGUAAAAACUCUAUACUGUCAUUGAAAGUGAGCUACACUGGACUGGACAUAAAUUUAUCUUCGUUCCAUAAUUUGUGCUAUUUGUGUUGAGCUGAGCAUUUGGUGCAAGGAUAGUGGCAUAAUUAAAAUUUUGUGCUAAAUCUCAGUUUCGAUUAAAGUGGACCUGUCACCUACACAUAAAAAGCUGCAUAAUGAAAGUCCUUUGCAAAUUAAAUAUGGAACCCCAAAAUUUAUUUUCAUU